AUGCACCAAAAAUCUAUCUACAGGGGCACAAUAAAGUAUGCAAGUGUGCAUGCACAUUUGAGUCGUAUUGGGAAUAGGAGGGACGAUCUUGAGUUACUGGCAUACACACUGAUAUUUCUCAUUAAGAAAAGUUAUGAACUGGAACCACUAGAAAAGGCACUAAAGGGAAACACCAUUGUAUUCUUGGAUACUGGUUCUGGGAAGACCCUGAUUGCAACCAUGCUCCUCCACAUCUAUGCCCACCUCAUCAGAAAGCCUUCACCCUUCAUUGCUGUAUUUUUGGUCCCUAUUGUUAUUUUGGUAGAAGAGUCUCCAUGUCAGUGGGAGGAGAACCCUUAUUCAUCCACUACAUCGUACAAGCUUUGUGCCGCACGACGCUAG